UAACUCCUGAGAGAAAACGCGUCUUAUGCGAGGCAAGGAGGACACGUCACUUAUGCAAAGGCUUGCGUCCAGAAAGUCGUUGACUUCAAGACCUUGGUGAUUCCUUUUUACCGUGGGAACCGCAUUCGCUCGCAAUACAUAUAGCCCCAGCAACAGUUUCACCUUCCACUGCCUUCCGCACUCGCUUCACCCCUCACCCCCUCAAACGCCGCUUCCAUAAUCCACGCCUGUCACAAUGUCUGGGUACGAUCGCGCCUUGACCGUCUUCUCCCCAGAUGGCCAUCUCUUCCAAGUCGAGUAUGCGUUGGAGGCUGUCCGGAAGGGUACCUGCGCGGUUGGCGUAAGAGGGAAGGAUGUGGUCGUACUGGGUGUGGAGAAGAAGACAGUGGCGAAGCUGCAGGACCCACGGACUGUCAGGAAGAUUGCAAUGCUGGAUGAUCACAUCUGCAUGACCUUUGCUGGUCUGACUGCCGACGCUCGAGUGCUCAUCAAUAAGGCUCGUAUGGAGUGCCAAAGCCAUCGUUUGACAGUCGAGGAUCCUGUGUCGGUCGAGUACAUCACCCGCUAUGUCGCCGGAGUGCAACAGAAAUACACACAAAGCGGCGGUGUCCGUCCCUUCGGAAUCUCCACGCUCGUCAUCGGCUUCGACUCUGACAAGACGCCCAAGCUGUAUCAGACCGACCCCUCUGGAAUCUACUCGGCGUGGAAAGCCGCGUCGAUCGGCAGGAGUUCAAAGACUGUGCGUGAGUUCUUGGAGAAAAACUACAAGGAGAACAUGGAUCGGGAUGAGACGGUUAAGCUGGCUAUUCGCUCGCUACUUGAGAUUGUGCAAACCGGAGCGAAGAACAUUGAGGUUGCUUUGAUGGGCGUCGAUGGUAUCCUAAGGACUCUGGAAUCAUCCGAAGUAGAGGAAGUGACGGCUCUCAUCGAGAAGGAGAACGCAGCGGAGGCCGAGAAGAAGAGCAAAAAGAAGCCCGAAGCAGCAGCAACGGGAGAGGCCAGCACUAGCACCUAAGACCGCACCCAGGGCUCUUCCCGCACUAGUUGUACAUAAAGAAUAGCGAUGAUGAAAUGAUGCAGAAGAUAAAUUACAAAAGGGA